AUGAUCGACCGCGCGCGCGCCACUGCCAACUUCCGCCUCGUUGUGCUCCGCGGCCGCGCCUACAUCGAGCGCAUCGCGCCGGCCUUCCAGACGCGCGACCUCUUCACCAUCUGGGGCAUCCUCCAGCUACUCCGCCGCUACCCUGGCCGCGUCCCCGACCUCGACCUCAUGUUCGACUGCGGGGACAACGCCACCGCCAUGCCGCCGCUUUUCCGCUACUGCGGCGACAACGAGACGCUCGACGUAGUCUUCCCGGACUGGUCCUUCUGGGGCUGGGCCGAGAUAAACAUAAAGCCGUGGGAUGCACUGCAGAAGGAUUUGAAUGAAGGCAAUAAGAAGGUGAGAUGGAUAGAUAGAGAACCUUAUGCUUACUGGAAAGGGAAUCCAGAUGUCGCAGCUAUAAGGCAAGAGCUGGUUAAGUGUAAUGUGUCCAGUGAACAAGAAUGGAAUGCACGGAUUUUCAAACAGGAUUGGAUCAAAGAAAGCAAGGCAGGAUACAAGAAAUCAAAUUUGGCCAGUCAAUGCACUCAUAGGUACAAGAUCUACAUUGAAGGAUCAGCAUGGUCAGUCAGUGAGAAGUAUAUCCUAGCUUGUGAUUCGAUGACGCUGGUGAUUAAACCAAAAUACUACGAUUUCUUCUCAAGGGUGCUGAUGCCCACUCAGCAUUAUUGGCCAGUUCGAGAUGACAAUAAGUGUGGCUCCAUAAAGUAUGCUGUUGACUGGGGAAAUUCUCACAAGAAAAAGGCACAACAAAUAGGAAAGAAGGCAAGCAAGUUCAUUCAACAAGAACUUAGUAUGGACUAUAUAUACGAUUACAUGUUUCACCUCUUAACUGAGUAUGCUAAGCUCCUAAGAUUCAAGCCAACCAAGCCACCUGAAGCUGUUGAGGUCUGUCCCGAAUCUUUGGCCUGCCAAGCCAUAGGUCGGGAGAAGAAGUUUAUGCAAGACUCCAUGGUGAAGUCUGCGAACAUUGCAGGCCCAUGCAAUCUGCCUCCUCCCUUCAGCCCUGAUGAAUACAAAAAACUACAACAGAGGAAAGAAAAGUCAAUUAAACAGGUUGAAACGUUGGAUCAAAAUGCUCCAAAGCUCGAGGAGCGAAAUGCUUCAAAACCUGAGGAUAGCAAUCCCGGGGAGCGAAAUGCUUCAAAACCUGAGGAUAGCAAUCUCGGGGAGCGAAAUGCUUCAAAACCUGAGGAUAGCAAUCUCGGGGAGCGAAAUGCUUCAAAGCCCGAGGAACGAAAUGCUUUAAAACCUGAGGAUAGCAAUCCCGAGGAGCGAAAUGCUUCAAAACCUGAGGAUAGCAAUCCCGAGGAGCGAAAUGCUUCAAAGCCCGAGGAGCGAAAUGCUUCAAAACUUGAGGAUAGCAAUCGUUGA